AUGGCAGAAGCUGAUCCGCAAAAUGUUGACCAAUUAGAUCCAACGUAUAUGUAUUCACAACUGUUCAAAGAAUUCAUAUUAGAUAUUAAUGAAGAUGAUGCAAAACCCUUAAAUGAUUUGGUUUCCUACUGUCGUAGCAAAGGUAUUUCUGAAACAGAAUUACAGAACUUUCAACAAGGAUUCCAUCAGAAAUCACCAAUCUGGUGGUAUACUUCUGCAAAGUCCCUUCCCAACAUGCUCGAUCAAGCAUUACAGUCAUUGAACAUGGAGACCAUGACAAAAAUGGGCUUUUUCAUUCGCAGUUUACAUCGACAAUUAGAACAACUGUAUAACGAACAAUCAAAUACACAUUUGAAACCGUUUCUCGUGUAUCGUGGGCAAAAAUAUUCCCAGGAAGACUUUGAACAAUUACUGACUAAGAAAGGUGGAAUUAUCUCGUUCAACAACUUCUUGUUGACUAGUACGCAAAAAGAAGUAGCUAUGGAAUAUGUUCAACAUGCAUUGCAUAAACAUAGAAACCAUGUAUGUGUUCUCUUUAUUAUAACAAUCGAUCCGAGCAAAGUAUCAAUUCCAACUGUUCCAUUCGCCUUCAUUGACAAAUACAGUGCUAAUCCACAAAAACACGAAGUUCUCUUCUCAACACACACAGUUUUUCGUGUUGGUGAAAUUAAACAGAUGGCUGAUAACAAUCGCCUAUGGGAAGUUCAAUUGGCUCUUACAACAGCCAAUGAUUCAGGAAUGGCUGCACUUACUCAAGCCCUACGAAAGGAUAUCGACGGAACCGGAUGGAAUCGAAUUGCCAAACUAAUGCAGAGAGUAGGCCACUUUGAUCUAGCUGAAGAAAUUUACAAGAAUUUACUCAAUAUGUAA